UUGUGUUUAUGUAGUUUCGAUUUAAUGCUUUGGUAAACGCAAUCCGAAAUCUUUCAGUUUGUACAUUGAUUGCUUACAAAAUUUUAGAAUGUCAAAUCAGUAUAGUUAUAGCCAGCAUGUUAACACUGAUUUGGAAGCCAAUAAACCGCCACCAUACACGUCUUAUAAUGAAUAUGCAACUCAACAAAACCCAAUGGCACCGCCACCACAAUAUGGUUGGAUCAAUCCUGAUCAAGGAGCUGAAUCAAAUACUACUAUUUUAGGAAUAUCAUCAUUCAGUGAAAAGUCAAUCAGACAAGCUUUCAUUCGUAAAGUGUAUGCAAUUCUUUUUUGCCAAUUGCUUGUGUCAGUUGGAAUUGUUUGUCUCUUUUUACUUGUGAAGCCAAUAAAUACCUAUGUAAAAUCAAAUGUUAUAAUGUUUUGGGCAGCAUGGAUCUUAACAAUAGUUUUGAUGAUUGCACUCAUUUGUUGCGAAAGUGUGAGGAGAACUUUUCCCAUGAACUUCAUAAUGUUAUCAUUAUUUACAUUAUGUGAAAGUUAUCUUAUUGGUGUUGUUUCUGCUCAUUAUGAAGUCAAUGAAGUGUUGCUAGCUAUGGGUAUUGUUGCAGUUCUUUCCUUGGCAAUCACUAUUUUUGCUUUUCAAACAAAGUAUGACUUCACAAUGAUGGGUGGAUUUUUACUUGUGCUUGUAAUUGUGUUAUUGUGCUUUGGAAUUUUCGCAAUAUUUUUUCACAGCAAGAUUGUUCGAUUAGUCUAUGCUUGUCUUGGAGCCCUUAUCUUUGGACUGUUCUUAGUGUUUGACACACAAAUGAUGCUUGGAGGGAAAAAAAAAUAUUCGAUUAGUCCGGAAGAAUACAUUUUCGCUGCAUUGAACUUGUACAUUGAUAUAAUCACUUUGUUUUUGUAUAUUUUGCAAAUUAUUGGACUCGCAAAAAAUUGAUGCAUUAUCUUUUAAAGCUUCUGGUUUUAUAUGUAUUUUUUAAUGUUAUUGCAUCGAUAUUCACAAUGAUAAGGCGUGCUCAAUUUUCUGUAAAGUUGUACUUUAUUUUAGAUUUUUUUUUAAAGUAUUUUUUAUGUUAUACGUUUGGAUAUUCCAUUGAUACAUAUUUGUUUAAUUACUAAGUUGUUCUUGUGUCAAAGUUAUAAAGCAUAAAAAAGAAAUCAAUACGAUUA